CUGUCUGAGGUGUCUACGGUAGCUGGGGCUCCAAGGAAGACUGCUGGAGCGUGCAGCGGCGGCGGGCAUCUGUUGAAGCCGACAAUUUAUCGCCAGACACACAAUGUCCACCCAGCACCUUAAGACGGCAACGGCCGGGGAUUUGUUUAACACCUCCGAAAACACUUCCCUAGCGAUUCCCUCAGAAAGGCAAGGAAAGACCGAUACUACCCGACAGCAGCGCGUCUUGGAGCAAGUCAACACGAUCAAAAGGAAAAAGUCAAAGUAUGGGACCAUCGCACAGAGCACCAUCAAAAAUAUGGAGGGUUCAACUUUCAUGAAUGGUUUUGGCCAUAGAUCUUCCUACUGGGCAGGAGGAAAUACACUAUCCGGAUAUAAUACCAAUGUCUACAGGGUGCCAACAACUCGACGGCAGCAAACGUUUAAGUCUGGCACAAGACGGAUUAACAGUAAUUCUUCACAGAGAAGGAUCUUCAGCUCCAAUAGCCAAAAAGAUAUACUCACACAGCCAGUCAGUCAGGUUAACAACUAUUAUGACCCUGUCCAAAUGCCUGCCAGCCGCAGUGAGCCUGACUUGCCACACCUGAAUGACGGUCGCACUCUGCGUGGAGCUCCCAGCCAGCGCAUUCGCGCCAACCGGCGCAGCCUGUAUAGUGAUACCAUCCAGGAUGAUAUCAUAGUAAGCUCCCAGAGGAUGCCCGUACAAAAUUACAGAGCUCUCUCUUCAAGUUCCAACAUAGAGGAUGUUGCACAAAGCAGAUUUAUGAAUACUGUCAACAGAUUUGGCAUUGAGCAAGCAGAGGUUGAUAGUGCAGGACCAACAAAUGCUAAUAUCAGCUUUGAAGAGGCAGUACUAUUCCUGGACAACAAUAAUGAGGACUUGCAACUUUGUGGAGCCAGCUUCAUUCAACACGCCUGCUAUAAAGAAGCAACAGCUAAAGAUGAGCUUAAUAGGUUGGGGGGCAUCCAAAAACUCAUUUCCCUGAUUAAGAGUCGUAAUCCCAAGGUUCAGCAGGCAGUUGCUGGAGCUCUACGCAAUGCUGCCUUUAAAAAUGAUUUGAAUAAGAGGGAAAUAUUUAACAACUAUGGAAUCGAUGAAGCACUGAGAGUCCUCAAGAAUCAAGAGUCUUCUGAGACUCAAAAACAACUGACUGGCCUCUUGUGGAACUUGUCCUCACAUGAUGACCUGAAAUCUCGUAUGAUCAAUGUUGUUCUGCCUUCUCUUACCGAGAAUGUUGUGCUGCCCUUUGUUGGCUGUCCAGAAGAACGUAUUCCAGCAAACAACAAAAUGGACCCUGAGAUUUUCUUCAAUGCCACUGGAUGCCUCAGAAAUUUAAGCUGCUCUUCUGAAAAGGAACGCAAUGCCAUGAGGGAAUGUCGGGGAUUGAUUGACUCUCUGAUGAACUACCUACAGGGUUGUGUGGAUGCCAACAGACCAGAUGACAAAUCCGUGGAGAACUGUGCUUGCAUUUUGCACAACCUUUCCUAUCAGCUAAACUCAGAGGUGCCAUCCAAGCUUGAAACAAUGGAGUACUCACGUCCUCGCAAUUCCUCUUCUAGGAAGUCUUCAUCAUCAGUGGGUUGCUUUAGCCCUCGGAGUGGAAAAAUUUCAGAGGAGGAAGUAUUUAACUUCAAUGUAGUAGAAGAUAAAAACCCAGAAGGAGUGGAAUGGCUGCGCAACACUAAAGGACUAGAGACAUACAUGUCUUUAAUUAAAAACAGUAGAAAUGAAUCUACAAUUGAGGCCUGCGCUGGAGCUCUACAAAAUAUUACAGCUUGCAAGAGCACAGUGUCAGAUGUAAUGAGUGACUCACUUGUGCGUAAGGUAAAGGGGCUCCCAGAAUUCUCCCGUCUGCUGCGGUCUAGCAAUAAGAACAUUCAGAAGGCUGCUGUGUCUGUGCUUGGAAACAUUGCACGAACUCCAAGUGUGCAGAAAACAAUGUGUCAACAAGUCCUCCCUGAUCUCUCCAAUAUGAUAAGGACUAUAGGUAACGAUUCAAAAAACUCAGAUGAUCUUAUGUCAACAGCAUGCAGCACUUUUCAUUUACUGGCAACGGCUGACGCUGGAACUGCCAAGAGGACGCUGGCUGAUGGCCAGUUGCUGACAGUGCUGCAUGAACUUUCCUUAGACAGGUCAAAUCCUAAAUCUUUGAAAUCUGCUUCCCUCUUAAUGUAUGAUCUCUGGGGACAGAAGGAGCUUCAGAAUUUGUUUAAAGAGAAAGGACUAAAAAAGGGAUACUUUGUGAAUGAUCUCGCCACUUCCACUAUGAAAUCUCUGCAGAAAAUUGCCUUAGGUUAGAAAAAAGAGGAAUGGAAGGAGGCCACCAUUUGCAAAGCUUCAACUGAAUGUACUACUUUCCCUGCAUAAGCUUCAGUGUUCCCUUUCUCUUUCAUGCCUUAUACAACAUUCAUUUUCAGUGUAAUGGUGUAAUAUCUACAGUUCUCUGUCGUUUUGGAUAAAUGAUGUUUAUUAGCUUAUACCUUUGAUUGCCACCUCGAGAUGAAUUAUGUUACAAUUUUGACUGAGCUUUCAUGUUCUCCAGUUUAUCUUCUGUGUUGAAAUACUUUUAUGAAUCAUUGCAGGCCUGUAACACUACUCUUGUUAAAUUACCAGAAGCACGCAUUGAAUUGCACAGCUCUCUGAGGAGUAGCAGCAGAAGAAAUCCAAGCUUGUCUCCCUCUUCUGAAAGUAUUUACUUCAAACCUUUAGAUCCUGUCUAUCUUUACUACAUGGAUAAUGUGUCCUGCAAAACCAUACUGUUGUCAUGAAGCACAUGGGGAGAAUUUAAGCAUCACCCUUUUCCCAGUCUCCAUCCCUGCUGUCAGGAAUUUCAGAACUCUUCUUGAAUCAGCUGACAACGGCAGUGUGUCUUUAAUAGGAUCAACAGCUUAUCAGUAUUAAUUCCAGAAUCCUUCAAUAUAGACUUAGUCAGUUCCACUUUGGACCUCUCUUUUUAAUGCUUUUAUGUUACCUAAAUAAUGCCAUUAACUUUUUUUUUAAAUCCUAUUAAGUAUUGCAGUCUUCAUUUAUACCAAAACUUCAUUUUGAUAUGAAUUCAGAAUAAUUCCCAACACUGUAAGAGAAGAUUGAAAGACUAGGAAAUGAAUGGAUGAAUGAAAGUAACUCUCUAAUUUAUCAAAUGUGCACUUAAUUUUUAAAUUUCUUUGAUUUAAGGCUAUCUUAAAAUGAAUGGAUAUGAUUGCAAGAAUUUAAAGAUGGCUUUGUUGGCAUGGAUGCUGAACAGCUUGGCUCCAGUGGAGUCAUUUUAGGAGCCUUUACUUUCUGUCUGCUUGUAUGUAAAUAAAGUUCUGAAUGUUCCAUAUAUUAUUCACUCUGCACUGUUGAGCAUCACAGGAAUGUACAAUUCUUAAUACAGUGAAGGUCAUAGGGAGAAUAAUACAACAAACUUGGGCCCCAGUAUUUUGUGCAAGACCAUUUCAGGCCUUCCUCUCCAAUGUUUCAAACAUUAAUUACAGAUGCUGGAUAAUGAUUAUAAAGUGUUUGUAUUCACUUCGUAAAACCCUGACCUAAUUUCAUAAUAUGAAUAUUGGGCACUAAUGUGUCAACUACUGUACAUGUACCUGUUCAGUCCUAUAAGGAACAGAAAAUUAAGCUUUGUCCUGAGAUAUGAACUCCAUUAAGUGUUCCUUCUAAAAAAACAUGGUCAAGGCUUCCACCCUCUAGCACUAACUGGAGGUGCUUUGACAGCAUCUCUAGCACUUUCUAAUGAAUUUAUAUCGGGCUCCUUAUAACCGUAACUGUGCCGUACAUCACAUUGAUCCAAAUGAGAUGUGUCACAGGACGAGAUUCCACUUUAUUAACCCAUCAUGGCAUACCAGUCAUGAUUUUCUGUCACAUAAAUUAUGGUGAUGCACAGUGUCUAUGUGAGAGAGCAUGUGUAUGUGUACAGUAGAUUGCAGAGCUAUACAUACAUUCAUACAUACUUUCAUAUAUAUAUAUAUAUAUUUUAUAUAUAUAAUUGGCUUAUUGUAAUGGAAAGUCUAAGAAAAUAUGAAGGAGAGUUAAGUAUUUCAUAUGUUAUGAAAUUAUAUACAGUGUAGAGGUUGGCGUGGUGGCACCUAGUUUAGCACUGCUGCCUUGCGACUUGUGGAAAUUGGGUUUGAAUCCAGCCCAAUAUAUGUUUUAUUUGGAUUAUAAAGGUUCUUCCUCUUAGUUAUUGGCUAGAUAUUAACUUGCUUUGUGUGAAUGCAAAUGCUUCCAGGGCAGGGGCUUACUGUGUGUGUGUAUUCUGUAUCACCAGUAUAGGCCCUGACUCACUGAGACCUUAUAAUGGAAAAAAGCAUUUAAAAAAUGUUUUUAGAACCAUAUACUUUUUUAUUCAUGUUAACUUAGCAGACAUUGGCCAAGGUCAUUUUUGUGACAAUGCGUGAGUGUGCUUAGUGACAAAGAAAUAAUAUCAAGCAGCAAGUACUUGCUUCCCUUUGUGCUGAGUAAAUACACAAGGCCAACUGCCUCACUGGCUAGAUGGACUUGGCCCAGGCUUCUCACAAUGUCCACUGUUCCCGGGUAACACCACUUUCAGCAUGUACCCUUUAAAGGAGCAGCACAUUUAUCCAUCCCUUAUUGAACUCAGUUUGCCAUGUGCUAUUUUACAUAACAAACCAGCUACAAGUAGAGAAUAUAUAGAUUUUUUUGGGAUAAUGCAUUAUUUUUCUCUAGCUUUUUUACCAUGUUAAAUUUAAGAAUAAAUGUUUAGAAAGCACUGUACUCUCUUCAUUGUUAUCUUUCUUUUUGCUUAAAAUAUGCUCAUGUAACUGCAUUUGAAAUGUGCCUUGUAAACAAUUCUUAAUAAAGCACUUAAAAUUACA